GUCACGCCAACAAUUUUUUAUCAUAACAUUCUAUACAUUUUUGAGUAUAAGAAUUAUUUGCUUGCUAGGUUUUAUUUAGUUAAAAUCUUUGUACACGAAUUGUUUUACUUUUAUUUGAAAGUAUUAAAAUGAAUACUAAGCACAUCAUUUUAUUUUGUUUAACGUUAUAUUAUAUUCCAAAAGUCAUUUCUUAUGAUGCAUUUGUUGUGGAAAUUAUGAAACGGUUUGACGAAUUAAAGAAAGAAAAUGAAGAGUAUGUUACUUUCGCUGGACUAAGAAAAAUAUAUGAAUUUCAUGAGAUGGAUCAACUCGAGUACGUGUUGGAUAAUUACGGAGUCGAGAUCACUGGUGAAAACGGUUAUCGUGAAAGAAGAGUGUAUUAUGAUAAAUUUCAAAAGGCUAUGAGGGAAGGCCUCAUUCAUAAAUAUAAAAUAGAUGAUAUGACAAGAUAUUUUUUUGGUACCCGCGAUUAUAACGCACCAAGAGGCUAUAUUAAUCGCCGUGAUUUGGUUCGUCUUCAUUAUCCAACGUAUAUGACUGAAACACAAAUUGAUUUUGUUAUGACUACCUACGGACACGAUGGCCCUGAUGGACGCCGAUUAAGUUUUCACGGAUAUAGAAGGGCAAUUAACACUUUAAGUAUUCCAUAUUGGUUGUGAUGCAAAUACGUCCAGGCAGUAGUGGAUAAAAUUUAAGAAUAAUAAAAAGAACGCUAAAAUGAUAAUCAUAAUUUAUAAACUAUAUUUAAAAUAUUAACUAUUCUGCCAUCAUAUUACUAUAGAAAUUAUAAUAUGCUGUAUAAUACUUGAUUAAUCUCUGUAAUGAAACUCAAUAAUAAUAAAAAU